CUUGAUUCAAUCUUUAAGCACCUGCAGGAACAAAUAUUUGAUAAUGGGUUUUUCAAUGGAGUAGCCAAAUAUGUAAGACAAUCCCAUGAUUGCAAGUUGAAGCUAGACAAAUUCAGACUGGAAAUAAAACAUCCGUUUUUACAGUGAGGGUAAUUAACAACUGGAAGAUUUUAGCAGGGGUCGUGGUGGAUUCUCCAUCACUGGCAAUUUUAAAACCGAUGGGAUGUUUUUGUGUAAAAGAUCCGCUCUAGGAAUUAUUUUAGGAAAGUUCUUUGGCCUGUGUUAAGCGGGAGUUCACAACAGAUGAUCCCAACGGCCUCUUUUGGCCUUAGAAUCUAUGAAUUGUGCUGGGUGGUGCACAGAUCCUGACUAAGAUCUGGGCCCCCACUGUGCACAGACCUAGUCUGAGAUCAAGCCCCAUUGUCCCAGACACCACACAGACCCCUACCAAGAUCAGGGUCCCGCAUUGUGGCGGUGGCUGCAUAGACCGUGACCGAGAUCAGGACCUCCAUUCCACUAAGGAGCUGCACAGACACACAGCGAAAGACCGUCCCUGCUCUGAAGAGCUCACAGUCUAAAUAGACAAAGGCAGGAGUAUUAUCCCCAUUUUACAGAUGGGGAAACUGAGGCCCAGAGAGAUGCAGUGACUCACCCAGACAGUCUGUAGCAGAGUUCGGAACUGAACCCAGAUUUCCUGAGUCACAGCCUAGUGCCUGAGCCUCGAGUCUGGCCAUUUAGAUGAGCCCGAGGAAGUGUAACAACAAACAGUAAAUGCUAGUUAGCCAUCAAUUUGCAGCUGGUGCCCUGUACUCAAAGCAUGCAUUACUCCUGACUCCCAUCCCUCCUGCCUGACCCCUGGCUCAGAUAGGCCACUGCAGCAAAACCGCCCCCUCCUCUCCCCUCAGGGAAGGGUUUGGGUGGUUUCAUUUCCUGCCCAUGAGGUUUUCUGCUCAGGGACAAACUCCUUUGCCUCCCCGUCUCUCCCCAGCACAGGGAAGAAGCCCCAGCGGGAUUUUCUCUCUCUCCCAGCAGGAAGGGCCUGCAGGAGCAGAGUCGCAGGGGAGGUCCCAGAGGCUCAAGUGGGGAGAUGCUGGCAGGUGACAGGGCAGGAUGGCAGCAGGGGGAAGAGAGGACGGGGCAGUGCUGGAAAAGGCCUGUGUCUGUGCAGCUCCAGGGGAGAUCAGAGCUUGGAUCUGAGUCAUAUUGUGUGUGGUUCAUUCUCUCUCUCCCAGCAAGUGCCGGGACGGGAGUGAAAACGAGGAGGAGCCGGGGCAGUCUCGGGAAGAGGUGUGGCCAGAACCCCACAAAUGUCCCUCUUGCCACCCGAGCUGGGGGAGCCACUGACCAUCUGCAGCCAGUGCGGGAAGAGCUACAGCCUGAGCACCCAGUUCCUGCGGCACCAGCGGACCCACGUCCGUGAAAAACCCUUCAAGUGCGACGAGUGCGGGAAGAGCUUCAUGGACAGCUCGGCCCUGCUCACGCACCGGCGUGUCCACACCGGGGAGCGGCCCUACCGCUGCGCCGACUGUGGCCGGAGCUUCAACCGCAGCUCCCAGCUCUCCGCCCACUGCCGGGCUCACCUGGGCGUCAGGCCCUUCCAGUGCCCUGACUGUGGGAAGAGCUUCUUGGACAGUUCCUCUCUGAUCAUCCACCAGCGCAUCCACACCGGAGAGAAACCCUACAGGUGCCCCGAGUGCGGGCGCAGCUUCAGCCGCAGCUCCAACCUCCUCCGGCAUCAGCGUCUCCAUGCCAGGGAGCAGCCCUUCAAGUGCCCCCAGUGCGGGAGGAGCUUCCGGGAUGGCUCGGGUCUGGCUCAGCACGAGGGGUCCCACCUGAAAGCUAAGACGUACCAGUGCACCCAGUGUGGGAAGGGUUUCAGCCAGAGCGCCACCCUCAUUAGGCAUCAGAGAAUUCACACCGGGGAGCGGCCCUACACCUGCUCUGAGUGCGGGAAGAGCUUCAGCCAGAGCUCCACCCUCUUCCGACAUCGGAGGAUUCACACAGGCGAAAGGCCCUACAAGUGUCCCCAGUGUGGGAAAAGCUUCAUCGAGAGCUCGGCCCUGAUCCAGCAUCAGAGAAAUCACACGUGACAGAGGCUACUAGGGGAGUGCAUCCGUUGGAAGUCAACCAUUGGCCAGUAUCAGAGUGGUGCUGGUAGGAGCAGGUGCCUGGAAUAUCAUGGAUUAAUUGGCGGGAGGAAACAUCAACCAUUGGCCAAUGUCAACGUGGUAUUGGCAUGACAGCAUGGCUGGAACAUCGUAGAUUAAUUGGCUGGAGGAGAACAUCAACUAUUGACCAAUAUCACCAUGGUGUUGUUGUGCAUUUGUGUCUGGAAUAUCAUAGAUUCAUCAGAUGGAUGAGAAUGUCAACAACUGGCCAAUGUCAACAUGGCUUUGGUGUGAGAAGUGUGCCUGAAUUAUCACAAAUUAAUCAACGGGAGGAGGUCAACCAUUGGCCGAUGUCAACAUGGUUUUGGUGUGAGAAUGUGGCUGGAUUAUCGUAGAUAAAUCAACCCGAGGCGAAGAUCAACCAUUGGCCAAUGUCAACAUGGUUUUGAUGUGAGAAUGUGGCUGGACUAUCAUAGAUAAAUUGACUGGAAUUUUCAAAUGACCCUAAUGGUGUGACCAGGUUCGAAAUCCCCCCUUGGAAAUCCCAACCAUAGGUGUGGAAGGCCAGGAAGAACCAUUACUAUCACCCAGCCUGUCCUUGUGCCUAGCACGAUGAUAUACUGACGUUCAGGAGGUGCGGAGUCUGCUCAGUGUGCCUAGGAAUCCUUGGUGUGGACCAAAACCCCAUGGUGCUUGGUGCUGUACAAACGCGGAACAAGACGUCAGUCCCUGCCCCAGAAACCGUACAAUCUAAGUCCAAAACAAGAGACCACCGAUGGAUACAGACGGAA